AUGCCCCCAACCCACCCUGAGACGCUGAGUCAGUGUGCCGCUAGUGUGCACUGGUUCUACGAGCCGGAGCACCACAUGAGCGGCGAUCCAUCGUGCGAGGAGCUAGAGAUGGAGAGGUCGCAAAUCCUCGAGUCGAUCCACCGCUCGGCACAAUUCUCAGCAUCCACUGAAGUCACACUUGGAAAUGGUCAUAAGUCCUUCAGCGUUGUUCAGAGUUCAGAGUUGAGGCCACGGAAAGAGUGUAGCUGGGCCGUUUAUUCUCUGAUCCAACGGUCACGCUUAGACCCGGAUCAGGCCACUGAAACUGACCGAGUUCGCUACCCGCGGAUAAGAAUCAAGAAGCUCCUCUUCCCCUUCCCCUUCCCCUGCUCCUGUCUCCAGUCUCCACUCCUGCAUCACCUCACCACCAUGGCUCAGCUCCUCUCCUCCUCCGCUCCUCCCCGCCUCCAUCUCGCCGCCACGCCAGCUUGCUUCUCCUCCUCUUCAGGCCAUGGCGUCUCCCGCUUGUCCGUGACGUCAGCAUGCUCUGCCGCUCCCGGGUCGCUGGUGAGCAUGAGGAGGCAGAAGGCGAGGUCCCUGACCGUCCGGUGCGAGCAGGGAGCCAAGGGCGGCGGCGGCGGCGGCGGCGGUGGGCUGGACGUGUGGCUCAGCCGCGGCGCCAUGCUCGGCUUCGUCGCCGCCAUCACCGUCGAGCUGACCACCGGCAAAGGCGUGCUCCAGAACGUGGGGCUGACGUCGCCGGUGCCGACGGUGGCGCUGGCGCUCACCGGGGUGGUCGGCGUCGCCACCGCGUUCCUCAUCUUCCAGUCGGCGUCGCAGGACUGAUCGGACGAUCGCCGCCGACGACGCAGCUUCUUGCUGCUUACCAAUGGGCCAAUGGCGUCACUCCAUUGGUCUCCGUGUUCUUGGUGCGUUUUGCGUGAUGCGUGUGUGUGGGGAGAUGUGUUUCAUAGGGAGGGGUCAAACUGUACCGGUGUUAAAAUUAUAGAGAUCUUUCUUGUUCAGAAAUUACUAUUAUUAUAGUACUACCUCUGUUUUCGUUUCCAAAUAAAUGACGUUGUUUAGUGCAAUUUUGAA